UUUACAUCAUGUGAAAGGUUUGGGUUACCAGGUCAUGUGUGGCGCACUAAAACUGCGUUAUUAUUAUUUUUUGCCAUUGUGCACUGCGUGGUUGUUUAACCAACAGUUCUGCGAGCGGAGCCGUGACUUAAUAAAUAAUGAAAGCGGACGGAGGGGAGCUGCAGCUGAUUUGCUGAUGUCAGGGGGAGCCAGUGCAGCAUUUCAUGGUGCAGGGUGGAAACGCGCUGCCAUCUGCCUCGAUCGGCGCUCUCAGCAAAGCUCACACAUGCAAGCCCGACAGGAAAGAUGCUGCCAACUCUCAAGAUUUGGGCAUUGCUUUCUUUGUCGUUCUGCUUCUUGUGUCAACCGGCUCAUUUGAAGAAGGGUUUCCGAUGUCCUUCAACAUGCAGCUGCUCCAGGGAGUCUAUCAUUUGCGUCGGGUCCUCCUAUGUCCCAAGGAUUACCCCCAACGACGUCAAUUCUCUGAGCAUCGUCAAUGGGACUUUCUCGGAGGUCAAAGAGGCAAUGUUUGCUCACAUGCCAUCCCUCCAGCUACUGCUUCUGAAUUCCAACUCUCUCACAACAGUAAGGGAUGAUGCAUUCUCAGGCCUUCCACAUCUGGAGUAUCUGUUCAUCGAGAGUAAUAAAUUAGAGACUACAUCCAAAUACUCCUUCAGAGGACUCAGGGACUUGACUCACUUGUCUUUGGCAAACAACAACAUUAAAGCCUUGCCUAGGGACAUCUUCAUGGAUUUGGACUCUCUGAUUGAGCUGGACCUUCGAGGCAAUGCCUUUGAGUGCGACUGUCGUGCCAAGUGGCUGAUGACGUGGCUAAAGAACACCAAUGCCACAGUGUCGGAUGUUGUGUGUGUCGGACCGGAGGACAUGAAGGACAAGCGCCUCAAUGAUAUGACUAGUCUGCAUAAUGAGUGCAUCUCAACGGAUUUCGUGCUCCAUCAGUCCAUCGCAUCUGAGUCUCUGUCUGUAGACACGUUCAGCUAUAAGGAUGAUGUCUAUGUGACUAUUGCUGCUCCCAGCUCAGACAGCUGUAUGGUUUACCAAUGGGACCACAUAGAGAUGAACUUCAGGACUUAUGAUAACAUCACAGGCCAGUCCAUUGUUGGGUGCAAGUCAGUUGUCAUCCUGGACCAAGUGUUUGUCAUCGUAGCUCAGCUUUUUGGUGGUUCCCACAUCUACAAAUUUGAUGAGGACCAAAGCAGAUUCAGCAAGUUCCAGGACAUUGAGGUGUCCAAGAUCUCCAAGCCCAAUGACAUUGAAGCAUUCCAGAUUGGUUCUGACUGGUUCUUUGUGAUUGCCGACAGCUCCAAAGCAGGCCUGUCCACCCUUUACAAGUGGAAUGAUAAGGGCUUUUAUUCAUACCAGUCGCUGCAUGAAUGGUACCGUGAUACAGAUGCAGAGUUCUUGGACUUGGAUGGGAAGGCCCACCUUGUUCUGGCAAGCCGCUCACAGGUACCUGUGAUUUACCAAUGGAACCGAAGCAACCAAAAGUUUGUCCUCCAGGGCGAGAUCCCCAACAUGGAGGAUGUUGUAGCUGUGAAGCACUUCCGGAUCAAGGAGGAACUUUACUUGGCUAUGACGCGCUAUAUUGGUGACUCCAAAGUUCUACGUUGGGGUGCCAAACAGUUUGCAGAGAUCCAAGCCUUGCCCUCAAGGGGGUCCAUGAUUCUUCAGCCGUUCUCUUUCAAAGAUCGCUACUACCUGGCCUUGGGAAGUGAUUACACCUUCUCGCAGAUUUACUUGUGGGAUGAUGAGGAGAAACUCUUUGAACGCUUUAAGGAGGUUUACAUCCAGGCACCACGCUCCUUCACUGUGGUUCCCACUGACCGCAGGGACUUCAUCUUCACAUCAAGCUUCAAGGGAAACACACAGAUCUUUGAGCACAUCAUUAUUGACUUGAGCUUGUGAAGGGCUCUGCCUUAUCUACCCUUCUCCAAUCGAACGUCUUCCACUGUAAGAUACAUUUUUAAAGAGGGACCAGAACUGAUGUAAUGAUCUCUUAACUUUUUGAUUUCUAGCAAGUGAUUUGUAAUGAAUAAGAGCCGGGUCAGCAAUGCUUGGAAUCGCUUUGUUUAGUACCUUUUAGGUAUUCUCCUGGGGAAUGGAAAGAUUUUAAAUACAAUUUGAUCUUUUUUGGAUGUACAGAUUGUAUUGUGCUAAUGGUUUAUACCCCUAAAAUAUACAUCAGGACCUAAAGAAGAGAUCCUUUUACUUUCAAAGGUUUUGGAGGUAUUAUUGCCCCCUACCUCAUGUCCUUAAACCCUGCGAUAAUGUACAGUAUGUUGCCUUAUCAGCACUGGGGAUCUGUGUUCUGAUGGGCCUACAGUGCCUCCCACUGGCCGUGAUAAAGUAUCACUCCCCCUUUGCUUUUUUCGAAACAGGGAAUUUCAUGAAAGCACAAACCUUUAAUUAUAGUUAGUUAGACCCCAGAUCUUAGAGUAUAGUUGUUAUGUGAAAAUGUAACUGUAGGUGCUAUAGAUUAAUGCAUACAGUGAAAAGAAAGAUUGAGGUUGUUGUGUUAGGAGGAUAAAUAUUCAAAGCUUAGGCUAACAACACAUACUAUAAGAAACAACCAAUUUACAACCUGGUAUUUCAGAGUGCUUUAAGUGGGAAAGCAGGUAAAACUCUUGUAUCCAUUUAGUGUUCCAGUGUUGUUGUCAGGGAAAUAAAAACUACUUACAGGUUUUUAAAAAAAUGCUCACAGCUGAUGGGACAUGAUUAAGCUUCUUUUUGGUCUAAAACUUAAAAAAGUAUCCUCCUGGCAGAAGUCAGUAGACCGGUUUAUAUCAUUUGAUAGGACAAGAUAAUUUGUCUGUCCAAAAAAUAAAGGGAUUAUGAGGUUUAUGUAAAUAUAUCCACUCAAGUUGAGAGAUAUUUUUUGCUCUGUCAUUUUGUUCUUUGAAAAUACUGAAUGUUAAAUGACAAGCUACGAAAUGUACAUAAAACAAGGACUGCAAUGCCACUACAUGUCACAAAAUAAAGUCUCAACAGAUCUUUGCACUUAAUUUUAAAUAGUUAAAAUGUUACCGCAACUUGCAAGAGCAUGACAUACAAAAAAGACGUUUGCCAAAUUAAUUUUAUUGAUGAACCUAUCAGACCCAGAGGUCUAGAAGUGCUUCUUUACUCUUUAAGUGAAUGGUAUUGCAACUAAAAAAAGGUAAUGGAAUAUGCAAGCUUUACCACAUGCCGAUUAUUUUGUAAGAUUUUGUUUAUGCAUAUUGAAUGUUACUCUUAAAAUACACUGUAAAUUUAGUCAUUUGAGUAUCAAAAUAAAUGUUUGAAAGUA